UCGCGGCCAGAACUGCUCCAGUCUUGCGCUGCCACUCGACCGUGACUGAGAUCGUCAUCCUCGCGAAGAAAUCAAGUUGGAGAAAGUUAGUUGGCAAAAAAAAAGUGAAAGGUGCUUCCAAGAUGUGCGAAAAGGGCUCGCAGUGCUACAAAAAGUUCCAGGAGUGGGAGAGCAACGAGGAGAUCCAGAUCUUUCGGGACUACCUGCGGAUCCCGUCGGUGCACCCGGAUGUGAAUUAUGACGGCUGCGUCGACUUCCUGAAGCGCCAGGCCGCCUCGCUCGACCUCCCGGUGCAGGUCAUCGAGGUGAACCCGGGCAAACCGAUCGUGAUCAUCAGCUGGGAGGGCGCGGACCCGUCGGCCAAGUCCAUCAUCCUGAACUCGCACAUGGACGUGGUUCCGGUGUACGCGGAACGGUGGUCCCACCCGCCCUUUGCGGCCCACAUGACCACGGAGGGUCGGAUCUACGCGCGGGGGGCGCAGGACAUGAAGUGCGUCGGGAUGCAGUUUUUGGGGGCGAUUCGGGCGCUGCGGAGGGAGGGGGUCGUGCUGAAGCGGACGCUGCACGCGACGUUCGUGCCGGACGAGGAGAUUGGGGGGAAGCUGGGGAUGAAGGAGUUUGUCCAUCAGGAGGGAUUUAGGCGGUUGAAUUGUGGGUUUGCGAUUGACGAGGGGAUUGCGGGACCGGGGGAGGAGUUUCCGCUGUUUUACGGGGAGAGGAGCGUGUGGCACGUGUUGUUCCACAUUUCGGGGACGCCGGGUCAUGGGUCGUUGCUGUUGAAGGGGACGGCCGGGGAGAAGGCGCGGUAUGUUAUUGAUAAGCUGAUGGAUAUGAGGGCGCGGGAGGUUAAGAAGAUGGAGGACAAUCCGGAGCUGACGAUUGGGGACGUGACGACGGUGAAUAUUACGAUGAUGUCGGGUGGCGUGCAGAGCAACGUGGUUCCGCCGGAGCUGAUGGUGUGCUUUGAUGUUAGGGUGGCGGUUGAUGUGAAGCACUUGGAGUUGGAGAACCAGCUGUUGGACUGGUGUCGUGAAGCGGGUGGUGGCAUUGAGUUGGAGUACGACCAGAAGAGUCCGUACGUUAAGCCGACCACGUUGGACGGGUCCAACCCGUACUGGGUCGCGUUCAAGGACUCGUUGGAUGAGCUGGGACUGAAGGUGAAGCCGCAGAUCUUCCCGGGAGGAACGGACAGUCGGUACAUCCGGGGUGUGGGGAUUCCAGCGAUUGGGUUCUCUCCGAUGAACAAUACGCCAGUGCUGCUGCACGACCACGAUGAGUUCCUGGACGCGGAUGUCUACCUGAAGGGAAUCGACAUCUACAAGAAGAUUAUCGCCAACGUGGCCAACGCCUAGGACGUGAUAUCACUUUUAAAUAAACUCAUCUAUCUUAAUCAA